AUCCCCAUGUUGCAGCAGGCGCACGCUGGACACUGCUAUAAGCACCGGUCGUACCUCCACAUGCAUUUUUCGAGUCAGUCUUAUUCUUCAGUUUUGACGCAUGUAAAAGAAGUAGUGUCUUUUUCUUCCUCUUUUCACAAAUCACAGCGAAGGUGUGAUUGCAAAUUUUCCUUCCGUUCCUAGGAGUUGAUAUAGAGCGCUGCUUUCUCCCACUCCCUGCAUGUGCACCGCAAGAAUCCUCGCAUGGUCAACAAACCGACGGGCUUAUUUUCGUGCUAUUUCUAGCUUACCCUUUUCUUUGUCAACACCUACUUUCAAUUUAUUUUCCGCCGGUUGCAGGCUUUAUUGGAAAAACGUCAACCACACAUCACAUCGAGCGCAACUUCUUCUCACCCGAAAAAUGGCGAACUUGAGUCCGGGUCCCAAGCCCAAGCGGCAGCGGACCCUCGGCAUCGUGCAGCGUGAGGUGGAGAAUGGGGCCAAGAUAAGAGUGGUCCCGGAGGUGACCUUAUCAAAUGUGAAAAUGUCUGGGUCUGGAAAAGUGGAACUUGUAAUGCGUGUCAUGCAUUCCUGGAAAAUCUGUGUUGCAUAAGCAGCAAAAGAGAAGCUUUCUUUGUCAUGCGAAAACGCAAUUUGUAAUGCGUGCUAGGCAUGAUCAGCAGGCCUCUCAAAAACCUGUCAUGCUUGGCUGCCAUUGAAAGCGCUUCAAUCAUGCGCAAUUCAGCAUCACAAGUUUCCAGACCCAGACAUUUUGGCAUUUGAUAGACCUCCUACGAGCACAACAUCAUCAUAGCGGACUCCAAGGAGGCCGCAGAAGCGCUGGCGAAGGAGCGCGGCCUGUUGGGGGUGCGUGUGGACUUCAAGGGCGUGCAUUUAGUGGCCGCGAAAAAAAGCGUGUCGGUGAUUGUGGUCCCCAAUGACACCAGUAGACACAACUCCACCGCGAGACCUGACUUUGUCGUCAAAGCCCUGCAGGCCGAUCCGCUGCUGAAUUCCAGGUAUGAACAAUUCGUAAUGACUUACUUAAUUCGAAUGUGGAGCCUUGCAGGCAGGUUUUGUAUUAGCACUUGUUUGUUUCAAACACGACAGGCCGAUUGAACAACUUCCGUGGUUUCUUUCAGAAAGAUCUCCGCUUUCGUUGCUCUUGCGAUUUACCUGUGAAGAUCAUAGUACGCUCUAGUAAAGCAAAUUUGUGUUUGCGACACCUACGACGCGGCGCGUGAUAGCAGCACUUGAUGUAAAAACACGACCGUAUUGCAGCGCCGCGAUCGGAGUGAUAAUCGCGAAAACCAACACGGUAAAAGACGCGAUUUGGGCACUGUCCGUCUACCGUGCGUUCCCGUCCUGCAACCUGAAGACCAGCGAGAUCAAAGACCAGAUGAUCACGUUUACCACUGGUGUGCCGAAGAGCGUGCAGAUUGUGGGCGAGAGCAUCAGAAUAGCCCAGGUCCUGGUGGACCUGCCGCCCAGCCACCUGACCGCACAGACCUUCGAGGACUUUGUGCGGGAGGCACUGCAGUCCUACCUGACCGUGCAAAUCGACAAGAUCGAGGGGAAGGAGCUCGAGAAGCGGGGUUUCGGCGGCCUCUGGGGAGUCGGCAAGGGUGCGCAAUUCAACGAGGGGCGGGCGCCCAGGCUGUUGAUCAUGAAGUAUGCCGGCAGUGGGGACAGCACGAAGCCCUUCAAGACGCUAGUCGGGAAAGGUACUAGUAGCUCCUGGAUCAGCUCUUGUUUCGUGUGCGAGCCAUCGGCAUGGUCAUCGGUCCUGGUUGGUCGUACUAGAAUGAGAGAACGCCAACUGGUGUGUGGAAGCGAGUCAAUAUAGUCCAUCUCCAACUAUCUACGAUAAAUUGAAGGUAUCAUUUACGACACGGGCGGACUUGCCAUCAAGCCGCGCGACGGCAUGUGCGGGAUGAAGCGCGAUAUGGGUGGGUCUGCGGGGGUCUUCGCCGGCUUUCUCGCCACCGUCCGCGCGGAGGUGAAGGAAAACAUCUGCUGUUUGCUCUGCAUCGCGGAGAAUUCCGUGUCGGCCACCGCGUUUCGGAACGACGACAUCUUGCACAUGUACAGCGGGAAAACGGUGGAAGUGAACAACACUGAUGCAGAGGGCCGACUGGUCCUGGGCGACGGCGUGGCGUACGCCAGUAAGGACUUGAAAUCGGAUUUGAUUCUCACGAUGGCCACGCUCACCGGAGCGCAGGGCAUCGCCACCGGGCAGCUUCACGCCGGCAUGGUCUCGGACAGCGAAGUGUGGGAGGAAAAAGUGCUGGCCGCGGCGCAGAAGAGCGGAGAACUCGUGUGGCCGCUGCCCUACUGCCCGGAGCUCCACAUGGAAGAGUUCAAGUCCAGCUGCGCAGACAUGAAAAAUUCGGUCGCAAACCGGGCGAAUGCACAGGUAUUGAUGUGAGUUGUAGAAUGUGGAAUAUGUAGCAGCAUGGUUACGCAUAUACGAUUACGAAACCCAGUUAUGAUCAGAACUCAAACGUAAGUAGCUGCAAUGUGAAGGAACUACAAAACUUGGUUGUUUUGUCGGGAGAAUUUUUUGAAAAGUACGAGACACACAACACUCACAUUCUUUCAGGUAAGUUGCGCCGCCUCCUUCAUCCGAGCGCACAUUGAGGAGAAGUGGAGCGGCGCGUGGGUGCAUAUCGACAUGGCCAGUCCGGCCUACAAGGGGGAGCGGGCCACCGGCUACGGCACUGCGCUCGUCGCCGCAAUGCUCGGCGUGUGGUAAAAUUCACCGAUUAUACGUCACAAGUCAAAUAAGCGGUUACGCGAUUAUUUUUGGUGGAGGAAAUAACAAGAGGAAAAAGCGUUUUCGAAAGCGGUCCAUCCGGCCAAAGUGCCAAUGCCGCUGCCGCUUUUUCAUCUCUGUGAGUGGUUCAUAAAUUCAUUCUCUUGAUGAAACAAUCUCAUCAUCGCUGUCCGUAUUGCGGUCCCCAAUUUAAUGUAGACGCAUUGUCGUGGUCCUGGUCCUGACCUGAAAUGGAGAGGCGCAGCUUCCGGUUCUGAUCGAAGGUCCAGGCUUAUUGGUUAAGCUCUAUCUUUACUCUAUUUUCAAUCAACCGUUCUUGCUGGUAGUGGUACAGUUCUUUAACGACGCAGAAUAUUGUCACGCUUGGUUCUUUGAAGGUCUUUCGUCGAAGGCAAACGCUCAGACCAGAUUUGGCAUUGACGCACGACCCGCAGAUUUGCAAAGAAUUUGAAUUUCGCACACACAAGUUAACUACACAGUUUUGUUCUUCGUCCCAAGAUGAAAUGGAAAUAAACUUGCAGUUCAACAGCUGUGGUACUGACAAUGAUCCAGCGCUAGUAACGAAGAGGAUCAACUUCUGGGAAAAUAUAUGUGCUUGUGCAACGGUGCUGAUAUAAAGUAACCUAUGACCACUAUUCGUAAUGCAGCCAAGAGAU